AUGGAUGUCAGUGGUAAUGUAAAGCUAGAUCCAAAUCACACCCACUUCUUACUCGUCGAUAACGGUACUUCCGGCAUCUUUGGUGUUGAAAUCGAACUUAGGGCUAAGAUUGAGAAAGCUAUUUCAUAUCAAAGAAUUGGUGGGGGUAACCAUGAGGAUGUAUGUGUACCAACCGUUUGUGUAGCAGUCGAGGGCGGUCCAAAUACCAUCUUAACAGUGCACGAAGCGGUCACGCACGGUACUCCAGCUGUAAUUGUUAACGGCUCUGGACGUGCUGCAAAUAUCCUUUCAUUGGCUGCACAAAAAGCGACAGAAGUUGAAGUUAAAGAUAACAGUGGCGGUAAAGAAAAAAAGAAGGUCAUCGGUAAAAAAUUGAGGCAAGAAUUAUCACAGCUAAUCAAGAACAUUGAUGAGAAAGAACUUGAUGAGAAGGACAUAGAGAUCCAUUUAAAUCGCAUAGAAAAAUGUGUUCAGAAAACAAACCUCUUUAAUGUGUACGACAUGGACUCAUCAACUGGUGUCAAAAAUAUUGAUGAAGCUUUUUUACAUGCUUUACUGCGAGCUAAUAAAGGAAGCAAGCAAGACCAGUUGAAAUUGACACUUGUAUGGAAUCGUAUUGACAUUGCUAAGAGUCAACUUUUUACUGAUGACAAAGAUUGGAAGAAAGGAGAACUUGAUUCAGCUCUGCAUUAUUCUUUGGUGCAUGACCAAGUGGAUUUCGUGAAGCUGUUUCUUGAUCGUGGCGUCAGUUUAAAGGAGUUUUUAACAGUACGAAAAUUGUCUAUUUUAUAUAAUGAGGUGAAAGAGAAAACUCCAAUUUACAAAUACUUGGACAAACAGAGAGGAGGAAGAAAGGACCAAUUUAAUCUGCUUGAUGUGGGGAAGCUACUUCAACAGAUGACGAUGGAUUCGUACAAGCCGCUUUACCUUCGGGAUGAAAACCGUUACAUGUUAAACAUACCAGAGAACGAGAGUGAGACAAUGGCUAUCGCGUCAACAGGGCAAAAUCGUGUAUCAUUGGCAAUAGCUGAGACUGCCAAAGUUUUGGUACCAAAUAUUGCACCAUAUAUAGUUGACUGUAAAUCGAAAGGAAACCCUAACCAAUUUGAUAACCCGAUUCGAGAGCUUUUGAUCUGGUCAGUUCUACAAGGUCGUAAAGAAAUGUCUCAUUACUUUUGGGAAGAAUGUAAAGAGUUGAUGAUUGCUGCUGCCCUCACCUCCUGUAUGAUCCUCAAGAAUAUGUCGCAAAAACAGGAUGCUGCUGACUAUAAGGAGCAACUCUCUGAAAUGUCAAAUGAAUUUGAAGACUACGCCAUUGGAGUUCUGAAUGAGUGUUACAAAAGUGAUGAAGAGCGGACCUCUGCUAUUCUGGUUCGGGAGCUUCCCCAGUGGGGACUUGCUACAUGUUUGAGUUUGGCGUUCCAUGGCAAGAUGAAGAAGUUUGUCAGUCAGCAAGGAGUCCAGAAUCUGUUGUCAGAAAUCUGGAUGGGAAAAAUUUCAAAAGAAAAUUCAAUUUACAGAUUAAUCCUGUGUGCUGCUUUUCCACCUCUCACCAUUUUUCUUAUCAAAUUCCGUGAAGAUGAGAAUUUAGUAAAGAGAUUGGGCUCAAAACGCAAGAAAGCAUCAUCAUACAUCAAAGCAAAUAAUUCAGAGGGUAGUGAUCAACUCAGUGAAAGUUUUCGGAUGGAUUCAGGGUUGAAGAUUCAAGGUUAUAAUGGUGCACAAGACAAUCCUGAAAAACCAACUGGGGGAACUAAUCAAAAGGAGGACUACCACCAUGCAAAUGGUGUUGAUAUUCGCGACAGUGGCAAGGUAGUCUCCUGGUGUCAACGGUUCAAACUCUUCCAUGAAUCUCCAAAAAUUAAGUUCAUAUACAACCUGAUAUGUAACUUUUUAUUCCUAGCGCUUUUCAGCUACAUCAUGUUAUUCAAUUUCAACAAAGAAACGUCAGUUGCUGAAUAUAUUCUUCUAUUCUGGGUGAUAACGCUGUUCAUGGAGGAGUUCCGACAGAUGGCACAAGGAGAACCUCAUAGCUGGCAGUUGCGCCUGUCAUUCUGGAUCGCUGACUACUGGAAUAAAGUGGAUGUAGCAACCCUGAUUUUGUUCACUGUUGGCUUCAUAAUGCGUUUGAUUAAUGAAUCGUUUGCUGCCUCUCGUAUCGUUUUUGCUAUUGACCUCAUGUUAUUUUACAUUCGUCUUUUGCAAUUCUUUUCUGUCAGCAAAACUCUAGGACCCAAAUUGAUCAUGAUUAGCAAAAUGCGCAAUGAGAGCUUGCUUACUUGCACUAUUAUAAUCCCUAAAAUGUUAGAUUUAGAUGUCAUGGGACUUCAAGUUUCCAAACAGUAUGGUGACAUCAUUUGCAGGUCUAACAAUGGUGCUGGUUUCCUCGCCCAAGAUCAGUUGGUAGAAUUGUUGUACUCAUAUAAGAACUUCCACCCGGUGUACACAUCUGGCUUGUGCAUUUUAAGAGGCCAUUGCAUUUUACGGAAGAAAGAUGAUUUCAUUGCUGAUGAAGAAGUGUACAAUAUGACGACAACUUUAGAAGAGAUUAAAAUUAUGAUCCACAAGAAAGCACGGCAGAGUCCUUAUCCUGGUACCACCAUUCGUAGGGCUGAUGUCCCAGAUGCCAAAGUUUCCUGGGAGGUUGACUUUCCAAGUUAUGCGCCAAAACUGUAUACACACCAAUCUGUUCUUGAUAAGCCUCACUGGGCAGAUAUUGACGUGAUGGCCAUGUCUAAGGAUAAACGACCCAUGUUACAAUUUAACAAUGAAGAUGUACAUUGCAAGGUGGAUCGUAGAAGUCAUGUCCAACAAUAUGUUGUUAAAGAUGGACUGCCAUUAAACCCAAAAGGGAGGACUGGUAUGAUUGGUCGAGGUCUUCUGGGUCGAUUUGGACCAAAUCAUGCAGCGGAUCCCAUUGUAACCAGAUGGAAGAAGAAUCCAGAUGGUUCGCCAAUGAUGGAUGGAGACAAGAAAGUACUAGAGUUUAUUGCUAUUCAACGCAAGGACAAUCAUCAGUGGGCAAUACCUGGGGGUAUGGUUGAACCAGGUCAGACAGUUAGUGAAACUCUUAGACGUGAAUUUUCUGAAGAGGCUCUCGGCCAGAUGACAAAAUGUACUGAGGAGAAAGCAAAUAUGGCUGAGAAUAUUGAAAAACUAUUUGAAAAUGGCAUCGAAAUAUACCGAGGGUACGUUGAUGACCCUCGAAAUACAGAUAAUGCGUGGAUAGAGACGUACGCUUUGAAUUUCCACAUUGAAUCUGACAGUGCUAUCAGAGAAUUUAAACUUGAGGCUGGUGAUGAUGCCCAGAGCGUGAGAUGGCAAAGAGUGAGUUCAAAAAUUCCCCUGUUCGCCAGUCAUACGGCAAUUUUGCGUAAAGUAGCGGAAAAACAUAAUGCAGCCUUCUAAUCAAAUCAUAAAAUGUCAUCAAGAAGUUAUCAAAAGAUCCUUCCAGCAAGUGGUUAUCUAUGGAUAGGAUAAAGGACACACAUGGAGUGGGGUGUAAAUAGUUUUCUAUUUUAGAAUGUGUCAGUCGAACUUUUUUUAUUAUUUAUUAUGCUUGCAUUCUUUAAACCAAGCACAAAAUAUUAUGAAAGUAUAUUUAUAUUAAACACGAUUUUUAUAUUAAUUAUUUGUAAUGCUAUUGAAGUAAUCAGUUACGUCUGUUUAAACAAAAUCUUUUAUUCUUAAAUAUAUAUACCUGGAUUAGACAUAUUCCAUCAAAUAUAUAUUGAUUUAUAAUUCGAAUUCUAUGAUACAUAUUAUAAUCAAAUAACUUCAUUUACUGUAGCUUCAAGAGUAGUAUAAUAUAUAAUUGAAAGAUACUGAUGAGAAACAAUCCAUAUUUUUUGGCUUAUAAUUGAAAUUCGAUAUUAAGCUAAUUAUUAUACAGUAAUAGAAUUAAUAUAUUUGUAUUAUAAUAUUAAUAAGCUUAAUAUUUAAUUAUAUAGGUUGCAUUACAAUGAUGUUGUGGAUGUUAGGUUAUGAUGUAAUGCUUAGUGAUAAGCCAAUUUUUAUAACUAUAUAAUGAACUUAUAUAUUUAUCAUUCUGGAAACUUAUUGUAUAACAGAAAUUAUAUAUUAUGUAAGUAUCUAGCAGUCGUUAAACUUUUCAAAAUUAAGAAUGCAACAUUGUCUGCAAUUAGGCCAUUAAAGUAGUCUUCAUUCCUUAAUUUAUGGAUUAAUAAUGUUAACUUUUAUUGGGUACCGAUCAACCCAAAUAUACAUGUAAAAGAACUACUACUUUAUAAAAGAAAAUACAUAAACGAUUCAUGUCAAAAUAUAAUAAAAUUAUCUCCUUUUGUAUGAAAGUACAGUAUAACAAUGUAAAUUACACUUUUAACAAUUGAUUGUGUAUUUGUA